AUGGAAUUCCAGAUUAACCACACCCUUGGCAUGAAUGACUGUACCCCUAACAUCUCUAAGACGGAGCAAAACUUUUCCCACAAUGGCGAACUUAGCCCGGUGACCUAUUCUGUCUUCAUCAUGCCAGCCCUCUUUGGCAUCAUUUGCCUGCUGGGCAUCAUUGGGAACAGCCUGGUGAUCUGCACUGUUUUUAAAAAAUCCAGCCCCAGCAGUAGCGUUCCCGACAUCUUCAUAAUCAACCUGUCGAUGGUGGACCUGCUCUUCCUCCUAGGCAUGCCCUUUCUGAUCCACCAGCUUUUGGGCAACGGAGCCUGGCAGUUUGGGGAGACUAUGUGCACCAUCAUUACUGCCCUGGAUGCUAACAGCCAGUUCACCAGCACCUACAUCUUAACCGCCAUGUCCAUUGACCGUUAUCUGGCCACGGUGUACCCUUUCACUUCCACCCGCUUCCGGAAGCCUGCCGCAGCUAUCUUGACCAUCUGUGUGCUCUGGGCUCUCUCCUUCCUCAGCAUCACCCCCGUAUGGAUGUACGCACAGCUCAUUCCCUUGCCUGGCGGGAUUCUGGGUUGUGGGAUUCAGCUGCCGGAUCCUCAGCGAGACAUCUACUGGUACACACUCUACCAGUUCUUCCUGGCUUUUGCCAUUCCUUUUGCUGUCAUCACAGUGGCCUACAGGAGGAUUCUGAUCAGGAUGGCCAGAUCCUCACAAGCAUUGACCGGGCAGAGAUGCACAAGGCUCCGCACCAAGAAGGUGACCCGCAUCGCCAUCGCCAUCUGCUUGGCAUUUUUUGUGUGCUGGGCCCCCUUCCACGUGCUGCAACUUGUGCAACUGGCCAUGCACCAGCCCACCCUACCGUUUUACUAUGCCUACAAUGUAGCUAUCAGCAUGGGCUAUGCCAACAGUUGCCUGAACCCUUUCAUUUACAUCUUGCUCGGACAGAACUUCCGCAGGCGGAUCGUGGUCUCUGUUCAGCCUGCGGGUUUGGGAGAGGACACCUCUCAGAACCGGCUCAAAAGCGCACGGGGAGAAGCCAGCGACUUUGGACAGCCUCUGCUGCACUUGGUCUCAGUAUCAGCCAGAUAGAGAAGGGGAUAAUGAGGCAGCUUAUCAUUUGUGGUCCAUUUUGCUAUCUAGUUUAAAUCUGCACCUCCCAGAAAUCCUCCCCUCCCCUUAAUGUCCUCCCACAAAUGUUGGCUUGAAUGUUGUGAACUGGAGGACGGGGGCUGAUCUUAGCCCCUCUGGCCACCUGACCUCUUGAGAAUGAAGUUUUUUUAAAAAAAUGGAUAUGAGCUUUUGGGAGUCACAGCUCACUUCUUCAGAAGAAGUGAGCUGAAGAAGUG